AUGAGUUCUCAACAGUUUCCUCGUUUAGGAACCCCUUCCACUGGGUUAGGCCAAGCCUCUUCACAGAUUUCAAAUAGUGCUUCUUCAGGAUUGAUAAAUCCAACUGCUACAGUCAAUGAUGAAUCAACUCGAGAUGCUGAAGUCACUGCCAGGGAGCACCUGGGUUCUAGUAGCUCCCUCCAGUCCCGUGAAGAGAAACAAGAGCCUGUUGUAGUAAGACCCUAUCCACAGGUCCAGAUGUUGUCUACACACCAUGCUGUUUCAUCGGGCACACCCGUCACAGUAACAGCCCCACCAGCACAUCUGACGCCAGCAGUGCCACUCUCAUUUUCAGAGGGACUUAUGAAGCCACCACCAAAGCCCACCAUGCCUAGCCGUCCUAUUGCUCCCGCUCCACCUUCUACCUUGUCACUUCCCCCCAAGGUUCCAGGGCAGGUUACCGUUACCAUGGAGAGUAGCAUCCCUCAAGCGUCAGCAAUUCCUGUGGCAACAAUCAGUGGACAACAGGGACAUCCCAGUAACCUGCAUCAUAUCAUGACUACAAACGUACAGAUGUCUAUCAUCCGCAGCAAUGCUCCUGGGCCUCCUCUUCACAUAGGAGCUUCUCAUUUACCUCGAGGUGCAGCUGCUGCUGCAGUGAUGUCUAGUUCUAAAGUAACCACUGUCUUAAGACCAACUUCUCAGUUGCCAAAUGCUGCUACAGCACAACCAGCAGUGCAGCACAUCAUUCACCAACCGAUCCAGUCUCGGCCACCUGUGACCACCUCGAAUACCAUCCCUCCUGCUGUGGUAGCAACUGUCUCAGCCACCAGAGCUCAGUCGCCAGUCAUUACUACAACAGCAGCACAUGCUACUGAUUCAACGCUUAGUCGGCCAACUUUGUCUAUCCAACAUCCACCAUCUGCAGCAAUUAGUAUUCAGCGUCCUGCCCAGUCACGAGAUGUAACGACAAGAAUAACACUACCAUCUCAUCCAGCAUUAGGAACGCCAAAACAGCAGCUUCACACCAUGGCUCAGAAAACUAUCUUCAGUACUGGUACGCCAGUAGCUGCAGCAACAGUAGCACCUAUUUUGGCAACCAACACCAUUCCUUCAGCAACCACAGCUGGAUCUGUGUCACACACACAAGCUCCCACGAGUACUAUUGUUACUAUGACAAUGCCCUCACACUCUUCCCAUGCUACUGCUGUGACCACAUCAAACAUCCCUGUUGGGUGCUGUAGAAGCACCCUCAUACCAUCUGUUCCUGUUCAGUUCCAAUACUUUUUGCCAACCUAUCCGCCAUCUGCGUAUCCUCUGGCUGCACACACGUACACCCCCAUCACCAGUUCAGUGUCUACCAUCCGACAGUAUCCAGUUUCAGCUCAGGCUCCAAACUCCACCAUCACAGCUCAGACUGGUGUUGGGGUGGCAUCUGCAGUACACCUAAACCCCAUGCAGUUGAUGACAGUGGAUGCAUCUCAUGCUCGACAUAUCCAAGGGAUCCAACCAGCACCCAUCAGUACACAAGGGAUGCAGCCAGCUCCCAUUGGGACACAGGGAAUACAGCCAGCCCCAAUUGGAACACAGGGAAUUCACUCAGCAACCCCGAUCAACACACAAGGACUACAGCCUGCUCCAUUGAGUUCUCAGCAGCCACCAGCUGAAGGAAAAACUUCAGCAGUGGUGUUGGCAGAUGGAGCCACAAUUGUAGCCAAUCCUAUUAGCAAUACCUUCAGUGCUGCUACAGCAGCCACCACUGUAGUGCAGACCCACACCCAGAGUGUCAGCACCAACGCUCCAGCCCAGGGCUCAUCACCUCGACCAAGUAUACUCAGAAAGAAACCUGCCACUGAUGGAAUGGCAGUUCGGAAAACACUCAUUCCUCCUCAGCCUCCUGAAGUGGCCAGUCCUCGAGUGGAAAAUUCUUUGCGGAGCACAUCCGGCUCACCUAGACCUUCAGGUGCCAAGCCUAAAUCAGAAAUCCACGUGUCUAUGGCUGCUCCAGUCACUGUGUCUGUGGAGACAGUAUCUAAUCAAAAUAAUGACCAGCCCACUAUUGCAGUCCCUCCUACUAUGCAGCAGCCUACACCAGCCAUUCCAACCAUGAUUGCAGCAGCUAGUCCGCCUUCACAGUCAUCGGUCACCCUUUCAACCAUUUCUGGAGCAGUCCACAUCACUCCUCCCAUUACUACUAUUGCAGCUGCCCCACCACCAUCGGCAGCUGUGGGCAGCACCACUCACUCCUCUGUUUUGGGCCCGCCUGUUACUGAGAUAAAAGUUAAAGAAGAGGUGGAACCAAUGGACAUCAUGAGGCCAGUUUCCACAGUUCCUCCACUGGCUGCCAACACUGUGUCUCCAUCUCUUGCAUUGUUGGCUAACAACCUGUCCCUGGCAACAAGUGACCUACCACCCGGUGCCUCUCCAAGGAAAAAGCCUCGGAAGCAGCAGCAUGUGAUUUCAACAGAAGAAGGUGAUAUGAUGGAGACAAACAGCACUGAUGAUGAGAAAUCUACUGCCAAGAGUCUUCUGCUGAAGGCUGAGAAGCGCAAAUCUCCUCCCAAAGAGUAUAUUGAUGAGGAAGGUGUGAGGUAUGUUCCAGUGCGUCCAAGACCUCCCAUUACUUUGCUCCGUCACUACCGGAACCCCUGGAAGGCUGCUUACCACCACUUUCAGCGGUAUAGUGAUGUCCGGGUCAAAGAGGAGAAAAAAGCUAUGCUACAAGAAAUAGCUAAUCAAAAAGGAGUAUCUUGUCGUGCUCAAGGCUGGAAAGUCCACCUCUGUGCUGCCCAGUUACUACAGUUGACAAAUCUAGAGCAUGAUGUUUAUGAAAGACUAACCAACUUACAGGAAGGGAUUAUCCCAAAGAAAAAAGCAGCAACUGAUGAUGACUUGCACCGAAUAAAUGAGCUAAUACAGGGAAAUAUGCAGAGGUGUAAAUUGGUGAUGGAUCAAAUCAGUGAGGCCAGAGACUCCAUGCUUAAAGUGUUAGAUCACAAAGACCGUGUUCUGAAGCUGCUAAAUAAGAAUGGGACAGUUAAGAAAGUGUCAAAAUUGAAGCGAAAGGAAAAAAUCUAGACCCAGAAGAAUCAGAACUUUGGAAGCAGAAUUUAUGAAGAAUGAUGGUAGGGUUGGGGGAGGGUUUUGGUUCUUUCCACAGUGGAAUAUUGAAAUAAAGGAUAUCUUCCUUAAUUCACAUGUGAAAGCAGAGGGACCCAUGACACCCAGUGACAGAAAGAAUCAGAGAUGGCCUGGCACCAUGAACUUCUUUCUUGCUUUCAGGUGUUUCCCUUUUAAAUUUGCUAUGUGAUCAUUAAUGACUCCUGAUAGGUCAGUGUCUGCCAGGUGGAAUCAAUGACACAAAUGGCUGGCUUGCAUUUUUCAGCCUCUGUUUUAUAAACUAUAUUUAUCUAGUGGAUUCCUGCAGGACUCACAGUGAGCCUGGACUGAGAGUAUCCACGUGGACCAUCUGGUAUCUCUACACUGAAAAUAAAACCUGUUACCCUCACCCUGGUCAAUUCUUAUUCUGUCUGGCCUUUCACCCCAACACCAAAAGCUGCCAUGUCUCACAUUCUAAAGGGUUUGAACUAUUAAUUCUUGUCAUUUUUUUAAAAGAACCAUUUCAGAGUGAAAACUGUGAGAUUGUCUGUCCUGUGUUUGUCUAAGCUGGGUGUUGACGUUCAGAGCAGGCAGUACUCUGAGUUGCUCUGAGAUCCUGGUUCUGAAGAACCCUCUGGAUAACUGUACUUCUAUAGCUGGUGUCAUACUGUUAGUUGUAUGGACCACACAUCUCCAAAUUCAAUAAAGGACUCAAAGAGGUUUUUGU